GACAUGAUGGCAACCUGGGUGCAAACAAGAACUUUUUUCAUUCUUGUUGCUUUAUUAGGGCAAUUUAUAACAGUAAAAGCACAAGAAGAAUUUCAAGAAGAAUUUGAUGCUGAAGAAAUAGCCUGCACUCAAAACGAUCAGAUGUACCUGAACAGGGAUAUCUGGAAGCCCUCACCAUGCCAGAUUUGUGUCUGUGACAAUGGAGCCAUUCUCUGUGACGAGAUUCAGUGUCAGGAUGUGUUAGAAUGUGAGAGCCCUCAGAUUCCCGCAGGAGAAUGCUGUCCUGUGUGCCCCAACACGGCACGUGUUGGUUUUGAUGGCAAUAUUGGUAGAGGAAGGAAGGGACAAAAAGGAGAACCUGGAGUGGUGCCAAUUGUUACAGGAAUACGAGGCCGCCCAGGACCAUCAGGACCUCCAGGUUCACAAGGACCAAGAGGAGAACGAGGACCUAAGGGGAGACCUGGUCCUCGUGGUCCUCAAGGGAUUGAUGGGGAACCUGGUAUCCCUGGACAGCCUGGUGAUCCUGGACCCCCAGGACAUCCAACUCACUCAGGACCAGAUGGGAGGAAUGCACCGUUUGCAGCUCAGAUGGCAGGAUUGGAUGAGAAAUCUGGAAUCAGUAGUCAAAUGGGAUUCAUGCCCGGUGCAGUGGGUCCAGUGGGUCCAAGAGGUCCGCAGGGUCUACAAGGACAACAAGGUGGUGUUGGCCCCACAGGCCCGCCAGGUGAAGCUGGGGAUCCAGGACCAAUGGGUCCAGUUGGUGCUCGGGGCCCCGAAGGACCUCCAGGCAAACCUGGUGAAGAUGGUGAGUCUGGAAGAUCAGGACAACCAGGCGAGACUGGAUUCCCAGGAUCUACAGGAUCUCGAGGCUUUCCAGGUGCUCCAGGUCUUCCAGGUCUAAAGGGCCACAGGGGACACAAAGGACUUGACGGUCCUAAAGGCGAGGUCGGAGCAACUGGAUCCAAGGGUGAAGCCGGACCAACUGGCUCAAUGGGUCUAACAGGCCCUCUCGGUCCUAGAGGAAUGUCAGGAGAAAGAGGGCGAAUUGGACCACAAGGUGCUCCUGGUGGACGGGGUUCGCAUGGUAUGCCAGGGAAGCCUGGGCCAGUGGGACCACUUGGUAUAACUGGUUCUCCUGGUUUUCCGGGUACUCCUGGUGUAAAGGGUGAAGCAGGUCCAACGGGUGCACGUGGCCCAGAAGGUCCUCAGGGACAAAGGGGUGAAACAGGGCCAUCAGGUCCAGCAGGGUCACAAGGACUUCCUGGAACUGUAGGGACAGACGGUUCUCCUGGUGCUAAAGGCCCAACAGGAUCUCCAGGUACUUCUGGCCCACCUGGCUUAGCAGGUCCACCUGGUUCUCCAGGACCUCAAGGCAGUACUGGUCCUCCCGGCAUCCGAGGCCAAGCGGGAGACCCUGGUGUGCCAGGUUUCAAAGGAGAAGCAGGUCCCAAAGGGGAACCAGGUCCACAUGGUUCUCAGGGUCCCAUUGGCUCUGUGGGUGAAGAAGGGAAAAGAGGCCCUCGUGGUGAUCCAGGGUCAGUAGGUCCUCCAGGCCCUGUUGGAGAAAGGGGUGCUCCUGGUAAUCGUGGUUUUCCAGGUUCUGAUGGCUUGCCUGGACCAAAGGGAGCUCAAGGGGAGCGUGGUCCAGCAGGUUCUUCAGGCCCUAAAGGGAGCCAGGGAGAUCCUGGGCGCACUGGUGAACCUGGCCUCCCAGGUGCCAGGGGUCUCACAGGAAAUCCAGGUGUUCAGGGUCCUGAAGGAAAACUUGGUCCUUUGGGUGCGCCAGGAGAAGAUGGACGUCCAGGCCCAGCAGGUUCAAUAGGAAUUAGAGGUCAGCCAGGCAGCAUGGGGCUUCCUGGGCCAAAAGGCAGCAGUGGUGAUCCUGGAAAACCUGGAGAAGCGGGUAAUGCUGGUGUCCCAGGGCAGAGAGGUGCUCCUGGCAAAGAUGGUGAAGUUGGUCCUUCUGGUCCUGUUGGUCCACCUGGUCUAGCAGGAGAAAGAGGAGAACAAGGCCCUCCAGGUCCUACAGGCUUUCAGGGUUUGCCUGGGCCACCAGGUCCUCCAGGAGAGUCAGGAAAGCCUGGAGAUCAGGGUGUUCCUGGAGAUGCUGGAGCUGGAGGUCCAUUAGGUCCAAGAGGAGAACGUGGCAAUCCAGGGGAGAGAGGAGAACCAGGGGCAGCAGGACUUCAGGGUGAAAAGGGUAUGGCUGGAGGACAUGGUCCUGAUGGACCAAAGGGUAGUCCAGGCCCCACUGGGACUCCUGGUGAUCCAGGUCCUCCAGGUCUUCAGGGUAUGCCUGGAGAAAGAGGUAUUGCUGGAACUCCUGGUCCCAAGGGUGACAGGGGUGGUGUAGGGGAGAAAGGCUCUGAAGGUACAGCUGGCAACGAUGGUGCAAGGGGUCUUCCAGGUCCAAUAGGUCCAAUGGGUCCAGCAGGUCCUACUGGUGAAAAGGGUGAACCUGGUCCUCGAGGUUUAGUUGGCCCCCCAGGCUCCCGUGGAAAUCCUGGUUCCCGUGGUGAAAAUGGCCCAACUGGUGCUGUUGGUUUUGCUGGUCCUCCGGGCCCUGAUGGUCAACCAGGUGUGAAAGGUGAACCUGGGGAACCUGGACAGAAAGGGGAUGCUGGAUCCCCGGGACCACAGGGCCUUUCUGGGUCUCCUGGCCCACCGGGUCCUCAUGGUGUUCCUGGUCUAAAAGGUGGUCGAGGUACUCAGGGUCCACCUGGUGCUACAGGAUUCCCUGGCUCUGCUGGAAGAGUUGGACCUCCCGGACCUACUGGAGCUCCGGGGCCUGCUGGGCCUCUUGGGGACCCAGGAAAAGAAGGCCCUCCAGGUCUUCGUGGCGAUCCAGGUGCACACGGUCGAGUGGGAGAUCGAGGACCAGCUGGGCCACCUGGCGGCCCUGGAGACAAAGGAGACUCAGGGGAAGAUGGGCAACCUGGUCCGGAUGGCCCCCCAGGUCCAGCUGGAACUACUGGUCAGAGAGGUAUUGUUGGUAUGCCAGGUCAGCGAGGUGAGAGAGGCAUGCCUGGCCUGCCUGGCCCUGGUGGAACACCAGGAAAACAGGGUUCAACGGGGCCACCAGGAGAUAAAGGUCCCUCAGGGCCUAUUGGCCAAUCAGGUGCCAGUGGUCCAGUAGGUGAACCUGGUCCAGAAGGCCCUGCUGGUAAUGAUGGUACUCCUGGACGAGAUGGAGCAGUUGGAGAACGUGGGGAUCGUGGUGAACCUGGACCUGCCGGUUUACCAGGUGCGCAGGGUGGCCCAGGAACUCCAGGACCAGUUGGCCCUACAGGAGAAGCAGGGCAAAGAGGUGAACCAGGCUCGCGGGGUCCACUGGGUCCACCCGGUCGUGCUGGAAAACGAGGCUUGCCUGGUCCCCAAGGUCCUCGUGGUGACAAAGGUGACAAUGGAGACCGAGGUGACAGGGGCCAGAAGGGUCAUAGAGGUUUCACUGGUCUUCAAGGUCUUCCUGGUCCUCCUGGUCCCAUUGGUGAACAAGGCAGUUCUGGGAUUCCAGGUCCUUUUGGCCCUAGAGGCCCUCCAGGUCCAGUUGGUCCUUCAGGCAAAGAUGGAAAUCCUGGACCACAUGGGCCACUGGGGCCUCCUGGUGUAAGAGGAAGUCUAGGAGAAGCAGGUCCUGAAGGUCCUCCAGGUGAUCCUGGUCCCCCAGGUCCCCCAGGCCCUCCAGGUCACCUCACAGCUGCCAUCGGUGACAUUAUGGGCCACUUUGAUGACAGUAUGGCAGAUCCACUGCCAGAAUUCACUGAAGAUGAAGCAGCCCCUGAUGACAACAAUAAAACUGAUCCAGGAGUCCAUGCCACACUGAAGUCACUGAGUAGCCAGAUUGAAACCAUGCGCAGCCCUGAUGGCUCCAAGAAACACCCAGCACGCACUUGUGAUGAUCUAAAGCUCUGUCAUCCAUCCAAGAAAAGCGGAGAAUAUUGGAUUGACCCUAACCAAGGUUGUGUUGAAGAUGCUGUAAAAGUCCACUGCAAUAUGGAAACUGGAGAGACUUGUAUUUCUGCAAACCCAUCUAGCAUACCACGCAAAACAUGGUGGACUAGUAGAUCAUCGGACCGCAAGCCUGUAUGGUAUGGCCUUGAUAUGAACAGGGGAUCACAGUUUGUCUAUGGAGACAGUGAGUCACCAAAUACAGCUGUCACCCAAAUGACCUUCCUGCGCCUUCUGUCAAAGGAAGCCUCCCAGAAUAUCACAUACCAUUGUAAGAACAGUAUAGGGUACAUGGAUGACCAGUCUAAGAACCUGAAGAAAGCUGUAAUUCUUAAGGGUGCUAAUGACCUUGAGAUCAAAGCAGAAGGAAACAAUCGAUUUAGAUAUACUGUCCUUCAGGACAGCUGCUCUAAACGUAAUGGGAACAUUGGCAAGACUGUCUUUGAAUACAGAACACAGAAUGUGGCACGCUUACCUAUCAUAGAUAUCGCCCCAGUGGACAUUGGUAAUACAGACCAGGAAUUUGGCAUUGAGAUUGGGCCGGUUUGUUUUGUGUAA